AAUGUAACCCCUGACCACAACCGCUUUCGGCCCUUUAGCUUUUUCUCUCUCUUCUCUCUCUCCGACAGUGUGGAAAUUCUAGAGAGAGAAAAAUUCAGACCAUUUCUGAAGGAGAGAGCUCUUUCUUCUUUGUUUUUUCAACGAUGGCGGGUUUAAGGGAAUCUAGGGUUUUGUGACGGAGCGAUUACUCUAAUAAUAAUAAUAAUUCCGAUGGAAAUGCCCAGUAGGAGAUCGAACUACACGCUUCUCAGCCAAGUCCCCGACGAUCACUUCGCGGCGACGACGGCGACGUCGUUUUACGAGUCGGAGGGGAAGAACAACAAUAAUAAGGCGAAGGGGGAUAGCAGAGGGUUUGAUUGGGAAACGGGAGGCCCCGAGUACCGGGCGGCGCCGGCGAAUCGGAUCGGAAACGUGUACUCGUCGGUCGGAUUGCAGCGGCAGUCGAGCGGGAGCAGCUUCGGAGGGAGCUCGCUGUCCGGCGAGUACUACGCGCCGACUCUGUCGACCACGGCGGCGAAUGAGAUUGACGGAUUCGGGUACGUCAACGACGACGGGUUUAAAACCGGCGGAGGAGGCGGUGAGUUCAGAGGGAAAGGAGGAGGGAUGGAUGGGGCUGUGGGCCCCCCCGGAGGUUCGUCGUCGGGGAAGAGCUGGGCGCAGCAGACUGAGGAGAGUUAUCAGCUGCAGUUGGCUUUGGCGCUUCGGCUCUCGUCGGAAGCCACUUGCGCCGAUGAUCCUAAUUUCUUGGAUCGAGUGCCGGAUGAAUCUUCGUCGAGGUCGUCCAGCUCUGCCGAUGCAGUUUCGCAUCGAUUUUGGGUGAAUGGCUGUCUGUCAUACUUUGACAAAGUGCCUGAUGGGUUUUACCUUAUUCAUGGGAUAGAUUCGUAUGUAUGGUCUAUGUGCACUGAUGUGCAAGAGAGUGGUCGUAUACCAUCAAUUGAAUCACUAAGAUCUGUUGAUCCUGGUACUGGAUCUUCCAUAGAAGUGGUCUUAAUCGAUCGACGUAGUGAUCCCAGCUUAAAGGAGCUUCAAAAUAGGGUCGUCAGCAUUUCUUGUGCUUGCAUAACCACGACAGAGAUUGUUGAUCAGCUGGCAAAGCUUGUAUGCAGCCGUAUGGGGGGUUCAGCAUCUGUAGGAGAGGCUGAAUUUUUCUCCAUAUGGAGGGAGAGCAGUGAUGAUCUAAAAGAUUGCUUAGGAUCUGUAGUUGUUCCAAUCGGCAGCCUUUCUAUUGGCCUCUGUAGACAUCGUGCUUUAUUAUUCAAGGUUCUAGCUGACACGAUUGACCUACCGUGCCGAAUUGCCAAAGGCUGUAAAUAUUGUACAAGAGAUGAUGCUUCCUCUUGUCUUGUUCGUUUUGGUAGUGACAGGGAAUUGUUAGUUGAUUUGAUUGGGAAUCCAGGUUGCUUAUGUGAGCCUGAUUCCUUGCUCAAUGGUCCAUCAUCCAUCUCAAUUUCUUCACCGCUGCGGUUUCCAAGACUCAGAACAGUUGAACCUACCAUUGAUUUCAGGUCACUGGCCAAACAGUACUUCUCGGACUGUCAGUUGCUAAAUCUUGUAUUCGAUGAAGCUCCGGCAGGAAGUGCUGGUGAUGAGGACAAUAAAGGAUUCUCUAUUUAUCCUAAGCAGAAGUUUACAGAUGGAAACAACCUCUUUCUGGUUUCAGGUCUUGGUGAUGACACUUCUAUGCAUGUUGACGAUCGGAAUCCCCAGUUCCUUAAAUCAUUUAAUCCUUCUCAAAACAUUGUACACCAACAAACAGUAUUAAAAGAUCAAAUCCCCCUAAAGCGUAUACCGCCUAUAGGACAUAGAGAUAUUUCAAGGUUGGAUACAAGUAAGGACUCGAGGUUUAGUGAGGGACUUCAAGUGGUUCCUAGUAAACCAAAUAAAGAGCUGACUCUCGAUGUGGAUGAUUUGGACAUUCCAUGGAGUGACCUUGUACUGAAGGAGAGAAUCGGUGCAGGUUCUUUUGGAACUGUUCAUCGUGCUGAUUGGCAUGGCUCUGAUGUUGCUGUGAAGAUUCUUAUGGAGCAAGAAUUUCAUGCUGAACGCUUUAAAGAGUUCUUGAGGGAGGUUACAAUUAUGAAACGCCUGCGGCAUCCAAAUAUUGUGCUGUUUAUGGGUGCAGUUACAAAGCCCCCAAACUUAUCCAUAGUCACAGAAUAUCUAUCAAGAGGGAGCUUGUAUAGGCUGUUGCAUAAACCUGGCCCAAUGCUGGAUGAGAGGCGCCGUUUGAAUAUGGCUCAUGAUGUGGCAAAGGGGAUGAAUUAUCUUCAUAGGCGGAAUCCUCCCAUUGUUCAUCGAGAUUUAAAAUCGCCAAACCUUUUGGUUGACAAAAAGUAUACUGUGAAGGUUUGUGAUUUUGGUCUUUCCCGAUUAAAGGCCAACACCUUUCUUUCAUCAAAAUCAGCUGCAGGGACUCCUGAAUGGAUGGCACCAGAAGUCCUGCGUGAUGAACCAUCAAAUGAGAAGUCAGAUGUUUACAGUUUUGGUGUAAUAUUGUGGGAACUUGCGACAUUGCAACAGCCCUGGGGUAAUUUGAAUCCAGCGCAGGUUGUGGCAGCUGUUGGUUUUAAGAACAAAAGGCUUGAGAUUCCACGUGAUUUGAAUCCUCAAGUGGCUUCUAUAAUUGAGGCUUGCUGGGCCAAUGAGCCCUGGAAACGACCUUCAUUUGCUAGUAUCAUGGAAUCUUUGAGGCCAUUGAUUAAAGCUCCCACACCUCAACCUAGUCAUGCAGACAUGCCGAUACUCACCUGAAUGGGUCAACACUUACGAAGAGUCUUAUUCAUGCACAUAAUACAGCAUUCUUUUAGAUUUGAUGUCUGGCAGGAUUACAUGCUGUUCAUAGUCUCGGAGUCAUUGUACAUUACUGUUCUUAUCGCCAAUUGAGAAUUCUGAUUCUUUAUGCAAAUCAAGGACUAAAGUGCCCAUGGUGUCUGCAUUGCCAUCCCUACUGAAAUUCCUACAAAAAUAUCAUUCUAUAACAUCAUCUUGGGGAAGUUGUAUAAUUUAUAUUCAUAAGUUUGCAUGUAGAAAAGUGUCACUAGCUAUAGAAUCAGACAGCAGCUUUCCCAGCAUGGUACCCAACUUGUGCUAGUCUUUUUCACUGUGUGAAAUGUGAAAGGUAGCCAAUUUUUUUAGCGGUUUCUAUUUUGCUCCCCAAGUGCAAUUGAAGAAAACUAUAGGAAAGCUGAUACAUACCUGUAGCAGUUUGAGUAUUCGCUGAAGAGUAGAUGUAAUGUAGGAGCAAGUUAUACAUGAUAAGCGGGGCGAAGAGCCUGGCUAAUUAGCAGCAAAUUCUUUGUAAUUUUUAGUAAAAUCUAUUGAUCACCUUCGGUGAAUAUAGAGCAUUGGUUUCAAGAAUUUUCGUUUUGCUUGCUAGGGAGACCAAACAAGUCUACUAUUAUGUAUUAUCUUAUAAUAUGAUGGCCUGCUGGGCCAAGCAAGGGUAUCAACUGUAGAUGGUUGUCAACUUUGGCAUUGAUUUAAAGGAAAUGUCUCAAAAGUUUUAUUAUAUCA